ACGAGUGGGAGGCUGACCCAAAACUGUAAUCUGAUCCGCCCGCCCCCUCCACUGUUUGCUCUCUAAACUCAUCGUAGCAAAUCAUGCGUACAGUCUGAAUCUAGGCAUCAACGCCAGAGCGUGUUUCAGGUUGUCAGUGGCACCAGACCACUGUUCGGUAGCAAUGAGAUAACCUACGGUAGAUCUGAACUCCAGACUCUCUUUUAAAACUUCUUAGUUAUAAUACUGCACAGUCAAAAGCGAUGGAACCUGUAACAAAGUGGUCUCCAACACAAGUUGUCGACUGGAUGAGAGGGUUGGAUGACGGUCUUCAGCAGUACGUGCAGAACUUUGAGCGAGAGAAGAUGGACGGCGAGCAACUGCUGAAGGUGUCCCAUCAGGACCUGGAGGAGCUGGGCGUGACGCGCAUCGGCCACCAGGAGCUCUUUCUGGAGGCCGUGGACCUGCUCUGUGCCUUAAAUUAUGGGGUGGAGACGGAUAAUCUGAAGAUGCUGGUGGGGAGGAUGCGUGCGGCGUCCAACAACCUGCACAACCUGGCGUCCGAGCGGAGGAGGAGCCCGGCGUACGAUGGCAGCACGGCGCGCAAGCCGCCCAACGAGUUCCUCACUGCUGUCGUGGAGCUCAUCGGCGCUGCCAAAAACCUGCUGGCGUGGCUCGACCGGACACCACUCACAGGCAUCAGUGACUUCACAGCCACCAAAAACCGAAUCAUCCAGCUUUGUCUUGAGCUCACCACCACUGUCCAAAAGGACUGCACCGUUUACGAGAUGGAGGAGAAGAUUCUGGAAGCGUCCCGUCUCCUGACCAGCGUCUGUGACCAGACCAUGAGAACAACCUCUGACCCUCUGAUGAAUCACAUGACCUGUCUAGAAGAGGUCACCAUCACCAACAUCAAACCUGGAGAAGGACUGGGCAUGUACAUCAAAUCCACAUAUGAUGGGCUCCACGUCAUCACAGGCACCACAGAGCAUUCUCCUGCAGAUCGAACGAAGAGGAUCCACGCUGGAGAUGAGGUCAUCCAGGUCAACAGGCAGACAGUGGUGGGCUGGCAGCUGAAGAACCUGGUGUCCAAGCUGAGGGAGAACCCUGUGAGUGUGGUUCUCAUGGUGAAGAAGAGGCCCUCGGGCACCUGCAGCUUCACCCCCGCCCCCCUGAAGAACAUGCGCUGGAGGCCACCUGCUUCACAGAACCUACCCUGCCCACACACCUCUCAGGCCCCAAACAGUUCAGCGGAGUCCCCAAUGAAGAAGGAGAAGCCAGCCAUUUUGGACCUGUACAUUCCGCCUCCUCCCAUGGUUCCAUAUACCCCACGGGAUGCCAAACCAGUGGUGUGCACCGGCGUCAAACUAAGGCCAAAGCGCUCGCAGUCGCCCAACUCAUGCCUUGACCAUGAGGGCCGGCGGCGGUUCACCAUCGCCGACUAUAACAGCAAGCCUGCGCCCAGCCCCAUGGAGCUUCCCAUGCCCCAGGCCCGCAUGAGGCAGCGGACGUCCUCCAGAGGGAAGCCUCGGCCGGUGUCCAUGCCUGUAGACACUUGCCUGGGUCUGUCUGACUCGCCCUCCAGGCUGUGGCCCCAGGGCAGGACAGGUGAGAGCCCUGUGCACCGGUACCUUAGCAACGAGCGCAUCCCCACCAUCUCGGAGGAGGCGCCAUGCUUCCCGCUGCCCUACCGGCCGGCGGCGCGCGAGCGUCAGCUGACGCGUGGCGUGGACCACAUCCGCGGCAGCCAGUGCUUCAUCAACGCCGACCUGCACAACAGCGCCACCAUCCCCUACCAGGAGGCGUUGGCCAAGAAGGCGCCCAAGCAGAAGCCCGCGCCGUCGCCGUCGUCAUCAUCGUCGUCCGGCGAGCCCUCACUGCUGAGCAGCUGGAUCGCCCGGCUCAAGCUGCUGACACACUGAUUACGCGGGUGUGGGAGAGCAAAUGACCGAGAGAGAGGGAGAGGGAGGGAGUGUGUGUGUGUGUGUGUGUGUGUGUGUGUGUGUGUGCGUGCGCACGCAUGCGUAUGUGAACAAGUCUCUAUGCGUAUGACUGAUUCCCACAGCUGCUGCGUGUGUGUCCAUGUGUAUGUGUGUGUGAGUGUGGACUGUAACAAACUCUACUACGUGAGUUUGUUGGUGUGUGUUGAGGCCACAUCGCCAGUGCCUUUGAUCCGCCUCUCACUUCCCUGAGUGAUCUGGAGUGUUAGUUCAGGAUGUUCAUGGAAUCUUGAACCUGUCAGCCUUGUUUGAAAUCCCAGCACCCAAAGACUAUCUGGUGCAAACCUCAAUUUGCUGCUUUAUAAAAAAUAACGAUCCAUAUGGAAACAGGACUUGUUGCUUUACAUAUGUUUCAUGUUCCAUUUUAAUUCAUCAAUGUGUGAAUCUUAUGAAGCUAUGUUGUUGUUUCUUCUAAGUUACAACUAUUUUUAGUGUAUAGCUGAAUAUACACUGUUUGUUGGAAAACAGUGAAUGUCAUAUGAUGUUCAGCUCAGGUCUAGGAAACAUUUCCAUGUAUGUUUUGUCGGUAGAAGUCAUUAGGUAGCUCACUUGUGUAUAACUUAAGUUAUUUAAUUGGUCAUAAGCAUUUUUAUGUGUAUAGAUUUUUCAUUUUGGCAUUAUUGAAUAAUUUGUUUGUAAAAUCCUUGUUCACUUUUUACAUCUUGCAAAUGCUACUUUUACAUGAUAUCUUUGCUUGAUAUUUUCUGUUACACUUGGUUGGAAAGAGAAUAGAUCUUUGUGAUGCUAAUAACAUACAACUCUUAUUUACAAAAAAAUAUAUUUUAUCAAGGGCAUUGUUAUAGUGUGAUAAUUCAGUGUCCACUGUGUUAUCAGUAUUUCUCAGUGUGUGUGUGUGUGUGUGUGUGUGUGUGUUUGCAAGUAUGUCAGUGUGAAAGAUUGAGACAAACACUGACAAAAAUGUAUAACAUUACAAAGAGUAUGCAAUUGCUGUAUGCUUAAUUAAAACUCAGGCUGUGGGCCUUCGUUGAAGCCCUGAGACAUCCAAAUCAACACUAUUGGUGCACCACUGCUUCAUACCAUCAUCAUCAUAUAGAUUAUAUACCACAUACAUCACAUAACGUAAAUGCUACUAUUUACAAGCAUUACCACCUGGAGAACCACAGGAGGAGGAACACACUUAACUUAAAUACUUAAAAUCAUUCACUUGGACAUCAUUGAUGCAGAACAAAUUCAGUUUUGCUGCUAAUAAAUGGUGUAAUUGUAUGUGGUGUAAUAGAGAGCUCUAUGCAAGACAAAACCAUUCUAAUCGCUACAGGAGCACGUUUUAAGGCUUCAUAAGCUUAAUGUGUAAUGUUUAAAACUUUACUAUUUUGAACACAGGAUUUGUUUGCUACGGUUAUGUAAAUGUUUUGUUGAUAUGUGAUCAUCUCAACAAUAUUUUAUUAAAGUUGCAAUUAACUGUAA